GAUAAAAAAUAAUACUAUCCAAGUGACAGAAAUGUAAAAUAGAUUAGUCUGCCCCACUCUUUAAUUCCAAUAUUUUGCACACCUGCAUUCCCAAUUGGAUACUUGUUAUGCCUUAUUAUUUAUAUGAAAAUCACGCCAAAAGGUGCCGACUUCACCACCUAUCAAUGAUAUCAGCGACUUCUAAUAUUUUUCUACCCCUAUAUUAUUAUUCUCAGUCUUAUACGAAUAGUUCCCACAUAUUUUCUACAAGACAGCCAACAAGUGAAUUUCAUUCUACCUAAAUUUACAUUUAAAUUGUUCAAACAAUUGGGUAUAGCAUUAUAUAUUAAUUCAGAAAUUGUUUUAUUGUAUACCAAUUCAACAUAUUCGAUGUUUCGAGAAUAAUGACUUUUAAUUCUUCAACGGGACAAUUGAUAAAUUUAUCACAUAAUCAUAAUUCACACAACGAGAAUCGUAAUUUUCGAAUAAACUCAGUACUUGGAUUACCAAACUUACUAGGUUUACAGUCAAACAAUUUACCAAUAUCUCAUCCAAUUCAUAAUUCACGUUUAGAUUCACAAUCUACUUUGGCCAUGUCCACAGCAGCAUUGAAUCCAACUACAGUCACAGAUUUCCAUGAUCAGCGAAAUCAACAAGCAAUGAAAUUACCCAUACCAUCAUGGUUAACUAAUAAUUUAUGGGAUAAGAAACAUUAUGCUGAUCUAAUAUCUAAUUUCAAAUCUCCACCGAAUUUAAGUGACAAUUUAGUCGAACUAAACAGAAAUAAUCACAGUUUAUCUGAAUCAUCGUUUGAAGAUACAAAUGAAUAUGAUCAAACACAUUCUCUUUUCAAGUGUCCUAAAAAUACGACUGAGUUAACUGGAUCCAUUGUUUCAUCGACGAUUGGGAAUACCAAUAAUCCAACAGUAAUGUCAUCUACAGCAACACAUAAAAUUAAUUCGCCAUUUUCUCCUAAUCACUUUUUAACGUUAGAUUCAAAUAAACAAAAUCAAGAAACUACAGGAAAUAAUCAUCCAUUGUCGGGUACUCUAAAUGCAACCAUGAAUACAAUAACUACUUCUCCAGGAUCUACAUCUAUUCUAAAUGAUGUCCAUAACAUGAAAAUGAAUUAUUCUCAAUCAGUUAUAGCAAUGGCAGCAAUGGCUGCCGCAGCAUUAGCUACAAACAAUUUUAAAAUGUCAACAUCAUCACCAUGCAAUCCAUUGAUCAAUGGAAUGAAUCUUGGCAGUUGUAUAAAUAAUAGUAGCAAAAAUACUAAUAAUAGUACUGGUAAUAUGAACAACAAUACACCUGAUAUUAAUUCAAUUAUGAAUGCUGUAGCGUCUGUUAUGGGAUCACAAUUAUUAUUCAACAAUAGUAAUACUACUACUAAUAAUAGUAAUAAUACUAACCAUAAUAGUAAUAACAGCAUGAACAGUAUGAACAAUUAUUCAAUAAAUAAUUGGAAAACAGACAACUUGCAGAUGACAAAAGAUAAAGACACAAAGAAAAGCAGCAAUAGUACAUCACCAUCAUCAUCAACAUCAUUACCAACCGAUUUUAAAUCAUGUCCGAAUUCAUUAUUAUUGCCACCAAAUUUCAAUCAUCAACUUAGCAUGGACUCAUCAAACUUAUUACUGUCAUCAACAUCUCCAUCGUCAUCAACAGGAGCGACAACAUCAUCAGAAACAGGUGGAAUUCAACCAGAAGUAGAAUUAAUUGAUAAGUCAUUAUGGGAUAAAUUUCACUGUCAUGGUACCGAAAUGGUGAUUACUAAAAGUGGACGACGAAUGUUUCCACCAUUCAAAGUGAAAAUUACUGGUUUAGAAAAACGUGCUAAAUAUAUUGUUUUAAUGGAUAUUGUAGCAUUAGAUGAUUGUCGAUAUAAAUUUCAAAAUAAUUUAUGGACAAUUGCAGGAAAAGCUGAUCCUGAAAUGCCUAAACGUAUGUAUAUUCAUCCAGAUUCUCCAUCAACUGGUGAACAAUGGAUGCAAAAAAUCAUCUCAUUUCAUAAACUUAAAUUAACUAAUAAUAUUUCUGAUAAACAUGGUUACACAAUAUUAAAUUCAAUGCACAAAUAUCAACCAAGAUUUCAUCUAGUACGAGCUAAUGAUAUAUUAAGAUUACCAUAUUCAAAAUUUCAUACUUAUACAUUUAAAGAAACUCAAUUCUUAGCAGUUACUGCUUAUCAAAAUGAAAAGAUAACACAAUUGAAAAUAGACAAUAAUCCAUUUGCUAAAGGAUUUCGAGAAUCUGGUGGAGGGAGACGUGAUAAAAAGCGAUUAGAUCAUUUAAAAUAUCCAAAUCGACCUAUCAUUCAUAAUUGUGACGAUGAACAAAAAAAUGGAACACAUGAAAUUUAUGAAAGUCCUAAUAAUACAUCAUCGGAUACAGAAAAUGAACAUGAAUUUGAUGAUUUAGAUAUGCAUUUACCAUCACAAUUUGAUAAACAUAAUUUAUCUAUGAAAAAAUUAUUACCAUUACAUAUGAACAGAACAGAGUUGAAAUCUGUUAAACAUUCUAAUAAACGUAAUGGAUCUAAAGGAUUAGUUGAUUUUACUGGACGAGUUGGAAAAAUACGUCGAACACAUCAACAUAAUCAAUACUUUUAUUCUUCCAAUGAUAAUAUACAUACAAAAGAUUACUCUGUAAAUAAUAAUGAACAUAAUUUAUAUUAUCCAAAAGGUAUUGUUGAUUCAAUACAACAUAAUUCAUCAUCAAUGUUUUUAUGUUCAUCUACAUUAAAAAAUAAAAAUAAUUUAUGUUCAUUACCUUAUACAGAUUUAAAAUGUAAUUCAUUAGGUAAUAUAUCUAAACUUAAUGAAAUUCCACCUAAUGUAACUGUUAUAUCAAGUGAAUCCAUUGGAUAUUUUAAUCAACAUACAUCACAAUCGGAAAAAGUUAUUGAUUCGGAAAGAAUUGAAUCUUCUACUUGUACUACUCCUCCUCCUCCUACUACUACUAACAAUAGUGAUAAUAAUAAUAAUACUGUUAAUAAACAAUUCAAUUCUAGUCCAUUGAAUAAAUUUCUUUCAAAUUGGACAAAUCAUUUUACAGCACAAUUAAUUCAAAAUCAAUUAUUUGAUCAAAAAUUAUCUAAUUAUUCAAUGCCAUCCGAAUCAUCUUUACCACAAUCGAUUCCAUUAGCAACAACAUCACCAAUACAGAAUUCUUUUCAGAAUUCAAUGCAAUAUUUACAACAAUCAAAUGAAUCCAUAAAUAGAUCUCAUUUUAAUUCUAUGAAUCCAUUAUCAAAUUAUACUGCAAAUUUAGCUAUUUACAUGCAACAAUAUCCUCAAUUUUUAUCACACAUUUUAUCAUUAUUUCAACAGAAUUCUUUACCUUUAGAUACAUCUCAUAGAAAUUAUGUAACUACAUCAAGUCCACAAUUAAAUGAUAAUAAUAUUGGUACAACUAGUCAAUGUCCAAUUAAUCAUAAUUAUAAUUCUACUAUGACUAGUCAAAGCAAUAACAAUGAUACUACUUCAUGUAAUAGUGAUGUUAUAAAUGAAGAUGUAGAUAUAAUCAUGUCUAAAUCGAAAUUAAAUUCAGAACAACGAUCCCCUGACUUUUCUAUUGAUGCGCUAACUAGUUUACAGCAAAAUUCUAGAUCACCAAAAUCAACAAAUCAAUCUAUCCCAUCAUCAUUAUCAUCAUCAUCGUCUUCUUCAUCACCAUCACCAUCUUCAUCAACAUCAUCCGCUUCUUCGCAUAUAGUUAUCAAUGAAUCAUUACCUGUACAGUCAAUGGAUUCAGAUGAUCAGUCAGUUUAUAAACAACCAGAAAGUGAUUCCAUGAAUUAAAUAUCUACAGAGAAAAAGAAUAUCUUUCAGUAGACAAUAACAAUAAUAAUAAACAUGCAUUAUAGUCGUUUCUUUAAAUCAUAUGGUCAUUUUGCCUUAUUGUUCAAUGAAUCUAAUGUAUAUGUAUUUAUACAUACAUAAGAGAUGAUUAGAAAAACAAUAUAAAUUCUGUGAUUAAAUUACAAAUGUUAAUGACCAAUCUUUAUGUAAUCUUAAUUAAAAUAAACUCCAUCAUAAUCAUCCACUGAGCUAUAAAUCUUCUCCACCGUACUGUUUAUUUUGUUCUUGUCUAAUAAACCAAAAACACACACACAACUAAUCUCCAUGACUACUAUAUAAUUCAGUAAUAUAUUAACUUUACUAUAAUCGUAUUCAGAGUUCACAUUAGACUAUAAACCGUAAUAGAAAUUAUUCACUAAGAGUAGAAUCAAUAAAAGGUAGUACACUGAUUUUUCCUCAAAAAUAGAAAGAAUACAGAAUAAAUAAAACAAGAAAAAAGAAGAAGAAGAAAUAGUCAUAAUAAUAAAAUGAAUACAAGACAAUUGAUUCAAAUUGUUAUCAUUCCAUCUAUUUAUCAGAAUAUUACAACAUAUUACUUAAAUAGCAAAUAUAUACAGUGAUAAAUUUUUACUUACGGUGAAAUAUAUAAUUUAUUAGUUAUGUGUAUAUCAUCUACAUAUGUGUAAUGCAUACAAUUAAAUGUAUAGUCAGUAAAUACAUUCCGUUUUAUGAUUGAUUCUAUUAUUAUUGUUUUGUUUUGUUUUUUGGUUGUUAUUGUCAAUACUACUUACUAUCAGACACUGAAAAAAACACAUUCAAAUCAACUAGUUAGUUUGCAAAGUUAAUCUACUUAAGUAUUUAAUUCAGUAGUAUGAUUGCAUGAUAAUAGUAUCCAUUUAUGAUACAUUGAAAACUGUAUAUUGUCCAGUAGUAAUGUAAUAAUGUCAGGCAUUAUUUGAUUCAUUUAACUAAUGAACUUUUUAAUGUCUAUCAAUUCAUUGAUUUUUGAAUUUGCUUUUUCUUUCAACUAUACUCUUCUUCAGUAAAAAAGAUAUCCUGAUUGGUAGUAUUCUACAGUUGACAUUCCUAUGAUUAGUUUUUUAUUUAAAUUUUGAUUCCACUUUAAUUAUAUUCUUCUGAAUUGACCAUUUUGUAUUUAUUCCACCAAAUGAUUAGAGAAAGGAAUGAGAGAUAACUUCUUUCUAAGAAAAAACCAAAACAUUUUUAUUUUCCAUCCAGACAUUUAGAACUUUCAUGAUAAAAUGAUAUGUAUAAACGUGUAAUCUACUUAUGAGUAAUAUUAUGGUUUUUUUUUCAUUUCUCUUCAAUAAAAUUUACGAUUAGUA